AUUUGAGAUGAUCAAAGUGAUAUUGGGGAGGAAAGAAAAGACUUGGUCUUCCAUGAUCGAGUAGAGUGAGUGUAAGUAAUUUUAAAGAGGAAAGAUGGGUAAAGAUUCUCCAUCGUUGAGGUCGUUGGAGUGGAGCGGGAUGCCCUUUCAAUACCUUUAAUGGGGAAGCUUCCCAAAAUGCAGACAAAAGUGCAGUGAAGGGUGCUGUGAUUGCAAUUUACGUGUCAAGCUCAGAUAUGAGUCACGUACUCUACAGAGCUUCCACGUCUCGUGCUGUUUGCGUGUUGGCGAAACAGAGAGGGCCGCCGGAGCGCCGCCGCUUACUCAGAAAACCGUCUUAGAUCAUCCAUUUCCCUUCUCUGCUUAAAGCAUCGAUCUCUCUUCUUCUUACAAUCAUGUCUUCUUUUAAAACUGAGAUAAGCACAUCUCCAGAGCACCCUGAAACUAAUUGCAGCAGUGCUUCAAGCCCAUCUCGACCCUCCCACGGUUUAAUGAAAGAUAUAUAUCUAUGGAGGAAAAAGAAGAUGAGCGCAACAAUCUUAGCUGUUUCAACAGCUACAUGGGUAAUGCUGGAAGUUUAUGGAUUCAACUUCAUUCCAGUAGUUUGUUGGGUGGCCAUGUUCAUUGUCACGUCUGUAUUCCUUUGGGGAAACCUGGCCAAGCUCUUCCAUAAAGAUCUGCCGGCGGCCAUGUCUGUAUGGGAAAUUUCAGAGCAAUUCACAAUGGAUUCACAGAAAGUCGUCCGGGUAUUCACGGAAGAAGGGAUACUCUGGAUGUUUAGGGUGGGUACAGAGGAUAAAUGGUUCGGCUUUGUUGGAAUAGUUGUUGGCUUGUGGCUCCUCUCCAUCGUCGCUGGCUUGUUGAGUUUCCUUUCUCUGUCAUACAUUGGAUUAGUGAUCUGCAUGACUGUUCCGUUCAUCUGUUUCAAGUACAAUGAUGAGAUAAAGGAGUUCAGGGUUCGAAUGAAGGAACAGUGGAGGAGAUGGUACAGAAAGGUGGUGGAGGAUAGGUUUCACAGAAAGACCGAGUCUAUGCACAAGGCUGCUGAAGAUGAAGCAAAGAACAAGGUUGCUGAAGAUGAAGUGAAUAAGGUCGAGUAGCUCUUUUCCUUAAAGGAGAAAAGCUUGGUUGGUCCCUGAGCUGUGCGGUCAUGGUUGUUGUCCUUACCAUUCUUGUUAAAAUUAAGAGUAAAUGGUCGACUACAGGUCGAGUGUGUAUCAUUUCAGUGUGUUACUGUGUACCGUAGAGUGCUUUGCAUGGCUUGCCACUUCCAUGGCGGCAUGGAUUCUAAUAAAGCCUCACUUGCUCUGCUUAGCAAAAA